AUGGCGAAGAAGAGUAAGAAAGACAAGAAAAAGAAGCGAGAUCGUCGUUCGUCUGAUGACUCUGACGUAUCUGAUGAAUGGGUCGAGAAGCCUGCGGCAGGCAGUGAACAAAAUGUCACGAAUAAUGAUGGACCUGCAGCAACCAAACUAGUACGAGAAGACUGGCUAUUGAAACCACCAGGACGAAAUCCAUUCGAAAUCACUACCAAGGAUGUAGAAGAGACCAAGCCUGCUGCUCCCAAAGAGCCAUCGUAUGCCUCCAAGAUGGAGCUAAACCCAUUCUUCGCUAACGACGGUUCUGGCUUGCCACCACAAGAAGACGAUUCUCUGCCAGCUUCCAAAAAGAGGAAGUUCGAGUAUGGAGACUCUGGAUCUAGUUGGAGGAUGAUGAAACUGGACAAGGUGUCCAAGAUUGCUGAGGACGAGAAGAGGAGGGUUGAGGAGGUUGCGCUGGAACGUUAUGGGUCAUUGGACGAAUACGAAGACGCGCUGGCUGAACGCUCGUAUCUCAACGAGCAACGUCGAGGUCGCUCCCGAAGCGACGAAUGGAGACAGCCACGAACGACAUUUGCCUUUGGUAGUGGGAAUGGAGAGAGGUUCAAGAGGCCAUCUGACGAUAGGGUCAUGUCGCCUCCUGAUACUUGGGGUCGAGGACGCAGUUUCCAGAGUCCUAGUGAUGGUGAUUCUGUUGUUGAUGUGGAAGAAUCAUCAGACCGCCGCCGCCGAAGCACAGCACCCACGCCCGACGAACGAGACAUGAAACGUGGCCGAGAUUUCACCCAUACACCUAUAAUACCAAUCCUAUCCUUAUCUCGAUCUUCAUCUACGACUCCAACCAUCCCUGCUGCUCAUACUGGCGGCUCUUCAGAACGCACGCUAUCGAUCAACGAACUUAACAGCAUGCAUUCCAAAGUGCUGAAGGCUAAAUUGGCUGGAUUGAAACAGGCUGAAGUGGAAGCCAUGGAAGAAGAAUAUCAGCGUCAAAAGGAUCGGUUUGAGACUUCUCAGCUGCAGAGCAGUGAGGAUAUUGUUAUACCGAAUAUUGAUUCGAGGGGGAGGUUGCAGGAUACGGGUGUUGCUGCGGUGCCGUUGCCAGCUGGUGUUCGUAGGAAGAAGGAGAAGGUCGUAACACAUGAUGAGACUGGGCAAAGAAUCCGAUACUUUGCUGAUGACGAUCGAUCAGAAUUAGCUGAUAUGGUGCUCAAGGAAAGGAUGGCUGGGAAAUCAUAUGAUGAGAGUAUGGCUGAGAGAAUCGCCGGUGACUCGGCCUUCAAGGACGAUUUGGAGUAUAUGGAUGAGAGUCUUGAUAAUAUGCCAAAAAGAAGUGAGCCUAAUGAUGCAAAGAAGAGGAGUAUGGCUAUCAACGAGUAUCAAAAGACACAAUCAGCACACGAUAAAUGCUGGUACUGCAUGCAGGAAGGUCAAACUCCCAAAGUGCCUGUCUUAGCGGUCGCAACCAAGACUUAUUUGGCACUACCUUCUACGAUACAAAUGACGCCUGGACAUUGUCUUAUUGUGCCUACGCAGCAUACAUUGACUAGUUUGGAAUGUGAAGAUGAUGUUUGGGAUGAAAUACGAAAUUUCAUGAAGUGUCUUAUACAAAUGUUUGCUAAAGAAAACAAGUCGGCUAUAUUCAUGGAACAGGUUGUCAAUUUGAAGUGGCAAAGACACACUGUCAUUGAAUGUAUACCUAUUGAUGCUGACUCGUUUGAGGAUGCACCCCAGUUCUUUAAGGAAGCAAUAAACAGCUCUGACGAAGAAUGGAGCCAACACACCAAACUAAUCGACACAUCCAAAUACGGCUUCCGGAAAUCCAUGGUCAAGAAUCUCCCAUAUUUCCACGUAUGGCUCGACCCAAACAAGGGCUACGGCCACGUUAUCGAAAACGAUAAAGAAUGGCCUGAAUACUUUGGCAAAUCAGUGCUGGCAUCAAUGAUGGAUUUGCCACCUGAUAAAUGGAGGAAGCCUAGGAGGAUGAAUCGGGAUGAGGUGCCGGAGAUUGUCAAGAGGUUUGAAGAUCAGUGGAAACCGUUUGAUUGGACGGCCAUGUUGCGUGAUGAGUGA